ACUGAAGAAUGCCUCUGUCUGGAAGUGAAGUACAGUCCUCUACUCUGUCAAGAAACCUGAUUGGUUGUUCUAGAUGCUAUGAAUGAUAUAAAUUGAGCUCUUAGUUAGAAGAAAACUAUAGAACCAAACAUCCCUGAGUUUCAAAACAGAAACUUAUUUUGAAUACACACACUCAAAGGGCCAUCAAGAAAUGGGGACUUGGAUUUUGUUUGCCUGCCUCCUGGGAGCAGCCUUUGCUAUGCCUCUACCACCUCAUCCUGGGCACCCUGGUUAUAUCAACUUCAGCUAUGAGGUGCUUACCCCGCUCAAGUGGUACCAGAACAUGAUAAGGCCACCGUACCCUUCCUAUGGUUACGAACCCAUGGGUGGAUGGCUGCACCACCAAAUCAUUCCCGUGCUGUCCCAGCAGAACCCCCCGAGUCACGCCCUGCAGCCUCAUCACCACAUCCCCAUGGUGCCAGCUCAGCAGCCCGUGGUCCCCCAGCAACCAAUGAUGCCAGUUCCCGGCCAACACUCCAUGACUCCAACCCAACACCACCAGUCAAACCUCCCUGCACCCGCCCAGCAGCCCUACCAGCCCCAGCCCGUGCAGCCGCAGCCUCACCAGCCCAUGCAGCCCAUGGCGCCUAUGCAGCCCAUGCAACCCCAGUCACCCAUGCAUCCUCUGCCACCACAACCACCUCUGCAUCCUAUAUUCCCCAUACAGUCCAUGCCCGCCAUGCUUCCUGAUCUGCCUCUGGAAGCCUGGCCAGCCACAGACAAGACCAAGCGGGAAGAAGUGGAUUAAAAGAUCAGAAAAUAAGAAGAGAACUGAAGUAGAUAUUCCAGAUACUUUCAGAAUGACACAAAAACACAAUGGCUGGUGUCUACCAUCAUUUUACUUACAUUCUGUAACUGAAAAUGAGUAUAUUUAGCAAACAAUAAUAAAACAUUUAAAAA